UGAAUAUAUAAGUAAAAUAAAGGCUUCGGUUCUCUGUUUCCCGCCACUUCGCUCUACUCACUGCAAGACCAAGACCAAGAAGAAGAAGAAGAUGUUGUGGGUAGACAAGUACAGACCCAAAACCCUAGACCAGAUUGUGGUCCACCAAGACAUUGCUCAAAACCUCAAGAAACUGGUCAGUGAACAAGACUGUCCGCAUUUGCUGUUCUAUGGCCCCUCUGGUUCUGGCAAGAAAACCCUAAUUAUGGCUCUUAUUCGCCAGAUUUUUGGUCCUAGUGCUGAGAAGGUGAAGGUGGAGAAUAAGGCAUGGAAAAUAGAAGCUGGAAGUAGGACCAUCAAUGUGGAGCUUACCAUGUUAUCAAGUACAAAUCAUAUUGAGAUGAGUCCUGGUGAAGCGGGUUUCCAGGAUAGAUAUGUAGUACAAGAGGUAAUCAAAGAGAUAGCGAAGAAUCGUCCUCUCGUUGAUAUGAAAGGGAGAAAAGGAUACAAAAUAUUAGUGCUCAAUGAAGUUGACAAACUUUCAAGAGAGGCACAACAUUCUCUUCGUAGAACUAUGGAGAAGUAUAGUGCCUAUUGCCGGCUGAUUCUAUGCUGCAAUAGCUCUUCAAAGGUUACUGAAGCAAUCCGAUCUCGUUGUCUGAAUGUUCGAAUAAGUGCACCAUCAGAGGAACAGAUUGUUAAGGUUCUAGAGUUAAUUGGGAAGAAAGAAAGCCUGCAACUUCCAGAUGGAUUUGCUGCUCGUAUAGCAGAAAAAUCAAAUCGAAGCCUUAGGCGAGCUGUACUGUCAUUUGAGACUUGUCGAGUGCAACAGUAUCCUUUUACCAGUAAUCAGCCAAUACCUCCAAUGGACUGGGAGGAAUACAUUUCUGAAAUAGCAUCGGACAUAAUGAAGGAGCAGAGUCCUAAAAGGCUCUUUCAGGUUCGAGGGAAGGUGUAUGAACUACUUGUUAAUUGUAUUCCUCCUGAGAUUAUUUUGAAGGGGCUGGUCUUUGAAUUAUUGAAGAAAUUGGAUGAGGAAUUAAAGCAUGAGGUCUCCCACUGGGCUGCAUAUUAUGAACAUAGGAUGCGUCAAGGACAAAAAGCCAUAUUUCACAUUGAAGCUUUUGUGGCCAAGUUCAUGAGCCUAUAUAAAGCUUUUCUUAUUGCUACAUUUGGCUGAAGCACAUAGAUGUAUAGCAUCCUUGGUUGCACUUUCGAACCAUGCGCAUCAAUUCUGCUAUAUAUUUCAAGAAGUUAUCGGAAGAUGAUUCCGUACGAUUUCUUCCAGUAUUUUGGAUUGUGUUCGAGCCUUUUUCACUUUAAUUAUUUAUAUGAAUAUCUUGAGAGUAUUUGUAUUGAAGUCUUGCCCUCUGUGAUGAUAUGCAUAGUCGCUGUUCAGUUGAACAAAAUUUUGUUGCCAUGUGACUACAUUUGGAACUUUUGUUCAUUCACUUAUCAUGUCCCCUUGCAUGUUUAUUCCUGAGCUUGGAUCCUAUCUUGGUCAGUUUGAUCUAAUAAGAUGGCUCAGUACCUAAUGACAACAAAUGUAAAAGCUCAGGGACUGAAUGUUAACAACAUGAAAGUGUAGCAGCCUAAUGCCAUA